AUCUGACAUUAAUGUCAAAAUUAUAAUGACGUGAAUAAAAAACAUGAAAAGUUUUAACAUCUAAAAAAUCCAAUUCAUAUAACCAAACCAAACAAAACACAGACCAAAGGAAACAUGAGGCUUCUCAUGUAACGAGAAAAUUAUAUUUAUUAAAAUGUCGCUCCUCAAAUUAAAUAGGUUUGUACAACAAUUGGGAAGGAACACCGCCAAAAUGUUAUAUAGCAGCUCAUCUAAAACAAGUGAUACUGAUUCAGAUGAAAACAAUACAACUAAAGAAAACGACAAAGACCUUGAGUAUGGUGGUUCAUCCCGUGAUAUCUUAACCUGUGCGCUUAACACGUUUUACAGUAGUCGGAAAUACGGUCAUGAUUUACCAUCCAACAACGUGUCGUUGAAUUUCGACCCACUAUACGGCAUACCUACUGGCGUCUUCAGGGAGACUUGCGGAGAGACACUAGGCGCCGGUACUGGCUUCGGAGGCUCGUGUUACCAGAACCCUGAAUACUUUUCAUAUCAUCACAUGUCUUACUACGAUUUUCACACAGCUUUAAGGGCAUAUCGGAAAGUUAGUCCUCAAACAGGACGAAAAAAAUAACUGUAUAUAAUAUAAUUUACUGAACGUAACAUACUAUUAAUUAUAUCACCAGAAAAUCAUGAAAUUAUAAUAUAUUUAGUUUUAAUAAAAGCAUAUAACACCGAUCAUCGGAGCCCUAGUUAUUAUUAUUGUCCGAUUGAUGAACCAUCUGUACUAUUUCGUGUAUGAUCAUUUUUGUUGUCAGAAUGAGGACUUUGGAAAAAUUCGAGGUAUUUGAUUGAAACAUAAAGUAAAUAAGUAAUAGAAAAUGUAAUGAAGGUAAUGACCAAUACGACCUAGUUGGCGAAUUCGAAGUACUUAAUGAAACGAAUAUUUCAUUGCUAGCGCCUGAAAUGAAUUAUCAGCAAAUAACUAUUUAAGAAUUAUUUGCAGUUUUAAGAAAUAAAAUUUAGGAAGGAAGGAAUGAACUUAUAAAAAGAAUGUAGAAAAAAUAU